UGUCUACGCUGCCGGCUGGAGACGCUUUUAUGGCUACAUUUCUGAAUUAAAGACGUGGCGAAAUGUCUCUUUAGGGGAAGGGAACUGCAUUGCUUGGCUAUAUUUUAACUUCUUCUGGGUUCCCAACUCAAAUUCAAACAGGAAAGACGCGGACUGUCGUCUUCAUCACUUCUGCAAAAGUUCAGGCCCAGUCAUGUCUGACAUGGAAAUUCAGACACUUUGCACAGAAAGUUACGGCUCUCGAUCGGCUCGGCGUUACCAGGCCCUCCCUAAUGGAAAGCUAAGCUCUGUGGCGGAUGCCUCUGAAGCCUGGCACUUUCGUUCACUCCAUCAUAUCUUCAUGAUGGAACAGGAAUGUUGGGCCGAAUCGCUUUCGCUUGGAGCAAGGGGAGCAAACUGGAUUGCGAUGCUAAGCAGUGGAGACUCUUUGCCGAUGUGCUCAACGAUGUAGCCAUCUUCAUGGAGAUCGUGGCACCAGCUUUCCCAGCAUGCUUUACUCUCAUUGUCUGCACUAGUGGCUUUUUCAAGUGCAUUGUGGGUGUAGCCGGAGGGGCCACCCGUGCAGCUCUCACCAUGCACCAAGCCCGCCGGGACAACAUGGCGGAUGUAUCAGCCAAAGAUGGAAGCCAGGAGACCUUAGUCAAUUUAGCUGGCCUAGUCUUCAGCCUUUUCCUGAUUCCUCUUGUAGCGGACAAUCUUUCCCUCACCUAUGCCUUCUAUGCUCUCUUCACCGUCCUCCACCUCUAUGCCAACUAUCAAGCAGUGCGGGCAGUUUGCAUGGAGACUCUUAACCGCGCCCGGCUCCACCUGGUCCUGCAGCAUUACUUGAAGCGGGAAGAACUUCCCAGUCCUGCUGUCAUCAAUCCUCAGGAGCCCCUUCUGCUAGGGUUUCGGCAGCAGCUCAAGGUAACUCUUGGGGCUCCUCUUCACACAGUGACCUCCAGUGUUGCUGACUUCCAGAAAGCUCUUGAAGGCAACACUUCAAAUUACCUAAUUUUCUUCAACCAACCAGCAGGGGUAAUCUCUAUCAUACUCCAUCGGCAAGCAGACAGUGUUGAUGUGAUUAAAGCCUACACACACGCCCUUCUUCUAGAGGCCUUACUACAUCAAGAUGUGGAAACCUGUACCUUGGAAAGAGGCUCCCUCCUGAGUUUGCAACAUCAGUUAUGUAAAGGUGAUGACCUGGGAAGUGAAUGUGGAGGAAGAAAUGAACUGGGACUGGGGAUAGGGGGAGAAUCUGGAGGACUCAUUAUAGCUUGGUGGGACUGGAAAUUAACACCCCAGGUUCCUUUUCUGGCAUGUCUCAUUAGAAGGGACUGA